CUGCGUGCCGCCAUUCUCGGUGCGGUGCGUGCUUAGGAUCGGGGUCUACCGCAAUUGCCGCUUACGGAUAGGCCACUUGGGAAUUUUCUGAAUCUUGGAAACAGAUUUGGCAUGUGUCGAUAUAAAUCUGAUGCGAAGCAGCUCCGUGAAGGCUUUAUUCAAGCGCGUCAUUGCAAAAAUCUCCAAAUUAUCCGUCGUGCUGAUGAGCUCACACGGAUCGGAAUCAGUCGUGUUUUGCAAUGCGAAGUCUUAUCGGGUCGUUUGGUGCCGCAGAAAGCUAGCAGCAUGCCACGCGUCGCUUGCGCUGUGAAUCAAGAAUUCACAGAGCAAGCGACAGCACGUGGGGCACUCAUUAUUUGAAAGUCUCGCAUGCAACAGGGAACAAACUCAGGGUUUGGGAAUAAAUUGCGCAAGAAAUAAGUACGAGACACUGAGUUCUUACACAUGCUUACUUGUGGUCCUUUACCAAUUGUGCUAUGCAAGAGAAUGAUCGUCAUGGCCGAUAAAAACUUGGUCCUUUGUUUUGGAAAAUUCCCACUUGGCGCUGUCAUGCCGUCACUUUUGGCGGACUCUCUUGUGCGGGCGCGGCUGUUGGAGGUUGUAUUACGGGACCAGCCCAGAUUCCUGUUGGUGUUGUCGGAGCAGCCAGCUUUCUUACCGGCAUGGCCCGUCUUAAAUGCCUAGAACAAUAGAUACACUUCUACUUCUUCGACGGUGAUUGCGCACUUUUGCAGCUCAUAUGAAUAUGAUACGGACACCAGAAUGAAGGAAAGGAAGUUCUCGAGCUCGAUGUAAGUUUUACUUUUACUUCGAAACAAACAAGUAUUUAAUAUAAUAAAACAAGUAUUUCAUGGGUUCUUUCCAGCAGGCCGUAUUUAUUUUUAAAGCAAGUUGUACACUACCGGUAGCAGUGACUAAGCAUUUUUUCAAGUAGCUUCUUUGCGUAGAGGGAUUUUUAUUGAAAUAGCGCUAAAGAAAAAAGGUGAGUAA